UAUCACAAAAUCGUAGACCGUCGCAUGAAUUAAUAACACUUCGUAUCCACCAUGGUGCAUAUCAAAAUCCAAAUGUAGAACCGCUCAACCAGAAUAACGAAAGUGAAUCGAAAUCAAUUAAUAAGAGUACAAAAAAAUGUGCACGAAAAAACAAAAUUCGAAAAAAAAAUUCGAACGAUCAAAAGGCGGCUAUAUUCAUCGGUAUUGUUAUGGGUACAUUUGUUGUUUGUUGGUUACCAUUUUUUGUUUAUCUUGUAUUGAGUGGUGCAUUUGCUAUACGCUUAAAAGACGAUCAACAUCAUAAAUUAUUAUUCAGCAUAUUUUCAUGGUUAGGAUAUGCAAACUCAGCUUUGGACGUUGUUAUUUAUCUUUUUACAUCGAAAGAAUUAAGAGCUACAUUUUUUAAAUUAUUUUUUAAAUCAUGUGUUUGA